AUGACACCAGUGACAGCAGAAGAGAAGAGUAAGCGCAUGAUACAUACAGCAGGAUGCAUUAUCAUUGGCGAUGAGGUCCUCGGUGGCAAGACUGUCGAUACCAACUCGGCGUAUCUUGCCAAGUUCUGCUUCAAACUGGGCAUGAAUCUGAAAAGGAUAGAAGUGAUAGGAGAUGACGAGGGAGAGAUAGUAGAAGCUGCAAGACGGAUGAGUGACAACUACGACUUUGUGGUCACAAGGCAAGAUAAUGAAAGAGCCGAUGAGAGAGUCGAUGGAUUACAUUGCUGA